ACUGCGUUUACAGUUUCGUGCGGACGAAUUUUAGAGCAAAAAUAAUAAAUAAGCGAAAAUAUGCAAAAUAAAGUGAAAUACUUGUGCUCCGCACAAAUGAAGCGCGCUAGCAUUGCGUUCGCUACCCAAUAAGCCCGAUCGACCAUACUAACGCCCCAAAAGUGGCCCGCUGCAAACAGGGGAAAGGUGCGUGCCCUGCGUUUCUCGUUUUUUUGCAUUAGAAUGGCAAGAAAGUGUGUUUUAAAGCAAAUUCCACAAAAAGGUGCGUGAUAAAUGCAACAAACUGUAAGCCAGAGCGAGCGAGCAAUCAACUACACCAACUGCAUGUGUUGUGUCGUCGUGUGUGUGAGAGAACGCGCGAGAGUGUGUGCUAGAGAGAGAGAGCGAGAGCGAGUGUGUGUGCAGUGGAGUGGGAAAGAAGCACGGUAAAAAGAAACGCCAAGAAGUUUGCCAUCAUCUCUCUCUCCAUUCGCUGAUAAAGCAGAGAGCAAAUAAACGCACACAAACACACACAGAGUGAUACACGAAUCGAGUGGAAAAUAGAAAAACAAUAAUCAGCAAAAGCAGCCGAGCGGGAGGAGCGUGUAGAAACAGUAAAGUGUAAAGAUCGAAAAUCGAAAGUGUGAAGCAUUUUGUCUAUAAAUAGUGCACAAAAAACACCCAAAUUACCAGUGGAAAAAAAGUACUAAGUAAACCGCAAAAAAACCAUCAAUACACCGAAUAAUCCCUAGUGGAACACGUCUCGGAGUCCGCCCAACACAGUCAGCCAGCUCCCAGCCCCCAGCCGCAACAUGUCCACCCUGGACGCGCGCAAUAACUCGGCCAUGAUGAAGCGGGCCGAGCAGCUGAAGCGCUGGGAGGAGUCGGACACCAACCGGGCCGCGGGCACGCCCCGCCAUGAGCACGGUCGCCGCAUCAAAUUCAGCUCCGGCUGCGUCUUCCUUGCCGCUUGCCUCUCCGGCGACAAGGAUGAGGUUAUCCAACUGCUCGACCAGGGCGCUGACAUUAAUACUGCCAAUGUGGAUGGCCUCACGGCCUUGCAUCAGGCCUGCAUUGAUGACAAUCUGGACAUGGUUGAGUUUCUGGUGGAGCGCGGUGCCGACAUCAAUCGUCAGGAUAACGAGGGCUGGACGCCGCUGCAUGCCACAGCCUCCUGCGGAUUUGUGAGCAUAGCACGCUAUCUGGUGGAGAAUGGUGCCGAUGUGGCCGCCGUGAACAGUGAUGGAGAUUUGGCACUGGAUCUGGCCAUCGAUGUGCAGCACAUGGCCAUGAUUGACUACAUGGAGAAGAUCGUCCAAGAGCUGAACAUUGAUGUUGAGCAGGCGCGCAAGGCCGAGGAGCAGGCGAUGCUGAGCGAUGCCAAGAAGUGGCUGCGCAGCGAUGCCGCCGAGGUGGACCGGCCACACCCGAAGACUGGGGCCACGGCGUUGCAUGUGGCUGCGGCCAAGGGCUAUACGAAAGUUUUGAGCCUGCUGCUGGCGGGACGCGGUAAUGUGGAUCGUCAGGACAACGAUGGCUGGACGCCGCUGCAUGCCGCCUCGCACUGGGGCCAGCGGGAGACAUCCGAAAUGCUUGUCGAGUCCCUGGCCGACAUGGAUAUACGCAACUAUGCGGGACAGUCCUGCAUCGAUGUGGCCGACCGUAAAAUAGUCAAAUUCCUGGAAGAACUGCGGGCCAACAAGCGCAACAAGCGGCGUCCAUCUAGUCAAAUCAGCAGAAUCUCAGAUACGAUUGAAAAUCAUGUGGAUAAGACGCCCACCAAACUGGUGCGCGUUGAAGUGAGAACUGAUGCCACAAAGGAUGCUGCCAGCAGUUCAAACUGCGCUUCCAGUAGUGAAGCUUCGCUUCCAAUCGAUGAUGUUGAUGAUGAUGAUGCUGUGGGCCACGAGAGCGAUGCGGAAGAGCUGAGCGAUUCCACGGAAUCCUCACACACCACAAGUCUAUCUGGCGAGAGCGAAGCCGAGAAUGUGAAGCCCAAUCAUGCCGUCGAGCACCCAGUCGAGGAGGAGGCACCCUGGCGACGCAAGAUGCCACGCGCACCCAACGACAGUCCCACUAAUAAUCAAGUUCCUGAUAGAGAGCUUAGCAGCAAUAGCUCGGAGAGCGCCAACGAUGUCAUAUUGCGACGCACCCAAAGCUUUGAGAAUGAUCAAAAAUUCUAUCAAAAGUACAAUGAGCUGCGAGCCCGCAUAAAGGCCAACUCCUGUCCCAUUCUGCCAGCGACUGCGGCGUCACAGGCGGCUGCCGCCGCCGCCGCUGCUGCUGCGAAUAAUUCAAAUUCCAAUAACAACAAUAAUAUAAGUAGCAAUAACAACAACAAAUUUAACAACAAUAACAACAACAAAAGCGCUCUGCUGCUGGGAUCAACAACAAGAACCACAAAUAACACUGCAACAACAACAACAUCCAGUACAUUCAACAACACAACAACAAGCACACCACAAACAGCAGCAGCAGCCGCAGCCGCAGCAGCAGCAGCAGCAGCAUCCACUGCUGCAACAACAAAUCCAUAUUAUAGCGUACAAAGAUCGGCCUCACUCAAAGAUAACUCAAUGUAUUACAGGAAACCGACCGUUACAGUUGCCACGCCCACAAGCACAGCAGCCACAGCAACGACAACGCACCUUAGUUCACCAUCGACGAAUGUACUAACCCCACCAAUACGCAGCCAAGUCAUAGCGAAAACCACUGCCCAGAGCAAUAAUGGCAGCUCUUCGACGGCCAGUGCCAGUGCCAGCGAUGCGGAGAAUGCCAAGCCUCCGCCCAAGCAAUCAACGGGCAAUAUAAUCAAGAAUUUCUUCAAAUCUUUUGUACCGCCCGUGCGUGACGAGGAGAGCGAAACACAGCGCAAAGCGCAUGCCAAGAGAGUCCGUGAGACGCGUCGGUCCACCCAAGGUGUUACCCUGGACGAGAUCAAGAGUGCCGAGGAGUUGGUCAAGAAGAAGAACAUGGGCAUGUCCAACAACAAUAAUAAUAACAACAAUAACAUCAGCAGCAGCGGCAGCAACGAAACAAGCGAAACAGCGGCAGAGACAGACACAGCCACAGCCACAGCAGAGCCAUCAUCCAUCAGCGAUGCAAGCCAGCAAGAGCAGCAACCUCCACCACCGCCCACCACGCCACCGCCAGCCAUAAUACCCACCAGCGACGAGACGGAGAUCGAGACCAUUCUGGCACCCAGUCCAGUGCAAAGUGGAAACGACACCACGGCCAGCUUCACACUCUCCGCUCCAUCCAGACGCUCUCUGGUGGUCGAUGACGACGAUGCCGAUGCCGGGAUCGAUGUCGAUGAUCCAGAGGCAGUGGUCAGUGCCAGCUAUACGAUAGUUUCGCUGCGGGACAAGAUACCCGACAGUGCUGAGCGUGAGCAAGAGCAGGUGGAAGCCAACAAACAAAAGACUGACGAGCAGCAGGUGGAGAGCGAGGAGCAGAAGGCGAGGCCCACAGAUCUGCCACUGAGUGCGGCCACAACUGAGGCCAUCAAGUCAUCCUCCUCGACCACGCCCGGUUCGCUCGAGAGUCCAGUGCGCUUGCGGGACAAGCGUGGCCUGUCCGGCAGCAGCCAAGAGACGGAUACAAAGUCCGAAACUGCCUCGCCCGUGUCUGCACAUCCAGACUUUAAUGCCCGCGACUCUCUGCUCAGUUUAUAUGCGCGACGCACAACAGAAGGCAGUGGAGGAUCAGCAGCAGCAACAGCAGGUGGUGCUGGUGGUGCGGGUGGCAGCUCCACUUCAACAUCGACAGCAGAACGACGUCCAUCUUGGCGCCUGAAAUUCGAUGCCGGCUCCAAGUUCAAGCUGGAGGACAUCACCAGCGGCGGCACAUAUCCGCCAAACAACAGCACGAUUAUACCCAGCGCUCCGGCGGUAAUGGCCGCUGCCAAUCUGUCGACCACAACUGGUAUCCAGCGACGCAUCAGCAGCGGUCCCAAUGCCCUCAACGCUUCCAAUCAGUCACUGAACUCUGUGGGUCGCCCCAUCUCUGCGCCCAGCGAGAGCAGCAAUCACAGCAGCAGUGCCUAUGCCGUGCCAACAGUGCGCAAAUAUGAAACGACAUCCACAGGAACGGGUGUGGGCGGAGCAGCUACCACAACAGCCACCACAACCUUAAAUUCAGUGUCUGCAACCAGUGCCAAUCAUGCAGCAGGAACAGCGGCAACAACCAAUGCCACAACCAGCCAUGACGAUAAGGAAAACGACAAGGAGAACGACAAUCGCACGCAGACCGUAAUACAGAGACGUCGCAAGCCGAAACGCAGAUCGACCGGCGUGGUGCACAUUGAUAUGGAUGAACUGGAUCCCGAGCGUCAGAACGAGUCGUCCAACAAUGACAACGAGGAGAAGGAGAAGGACAAGGAGAGCGGCAGCGAGCGCACCUCUCGCUCCCGACUGGGCAGCACAACGAGUACGGCCGCAACGAGCACGACCAGCAGCGAGUCGAAGAGCAGCGGCGACAAGGCGGAGAACGGUGAUGGCAUUGACUACAAGGCGCUCUGGGAAGCAGCCAAAUUGGAGAACGAUAAGCUGAAGCAAGUGCUCAAGCAGAAGGAUGACGAGGUUGUGCAGACGCGCGCGACGCUCGAGAGAUUCGCCAAUGCCACCACUAAAAACUCACUCUCUGAGAUUGAGAAACGUGAACGAAGAGCUAUGGAACGCAAGCUCUCCGAGUUGGAGGAAGAGCUCAAGCUGUUGCAGAAGCUAAAGACUGAGAACGACCGCCUGCGCGCCGAGAACCGUGCCCUCACGCGGGUCGUCUCAAAGCUGACCACAUCGGCCCAGAGCCAGCUGGCCAAGGCCAAAUAGAGCCAUAUCGAAACGCAUUUCAAUCGCCUAAGCACACCCCCCACCCAAAAUCACACACAACCACAAAAAACACAACAAAAUAAAUCUCACAAAUGCGCGAAUACGUUAUCGUUUCUAUAUAUUGAAUACUAGAUAUAUUUAACACAUUUCGAUGUCGUGUUGAAUACUCGAAUGAUAAAUAAGUAUACUCCGAAUAUGUAUCAGCACUUGUAACAAUAAUUAAGUGGAAUUAGGUUACCUUUGAGCUCAUUAUGGGGCCUAAGGACCACCACUCACUACAGAUAGAAUUGCAAUCUACCCAUCAAUAAUCUAAACCUUCGAUGAACUCUAUGGGUAGCAAAAAUCUAUUAAAUAUAUUAUAGUACAAUCUUGUUCCCACGGCUUGUUUUUGCUCUAGAUCAAAAUAAUGUUUGCGAAUUUAUUAUGUGUAAUCAAUAUAUCAAUAUAUCGUAUGUACUUAUGGGAAGCACAAGCCACUUGAACUGUAACCGCACUGAUUAAGUAACGUAAAUCAAAACCAUACUCACACUCGAAUCAAAGUAAAGCUCAUUCAAAAACCAACGAAGCACAAAAACGCCCCAAUGUGCCCCACAAGCAUCAGAAUCAAACACACAGCAUCAGCAUCAGCACCAGGCUCCCUUGGGCCAAGGAGCUGCCAAGGAACAUCGGGGGCAGAACGGGAAGGUACAGCAGUGGUCUAGUGGAUGCUGGAAGCUUUACGCAACUCGAUGUCUACAAGUCGGAUAAUCAUCGCCUGAAGGAGGAGAACGCGGCGCUGAUUAGAGUAAUUAGCAAAUUAAGUAAAUGAAAUGAUGUCUCCACAGCUGUAUGGAUCGAGAAUCAUCAUCACCAUCUGUAUCAUUGAGAAACAACCAUUUUUACGUUAUUCACCAGCUGGAAACGGGCUGAAAAAUGAGAAAUAAUAGAGAAGAAAAGGUGCGCGAAAUUCGCUGAAAGGGGGAAAUUUCAAAGUUUUGUUUAUUGAUUGUGUUAGAGAAUUAAGCAUAAGGUGAAACCAUGUUUCCACAAUAUCGUUGAGAAUUGUUUCGUUCGUUUUAUUAUAAAGAAACACACAAAAAAAUCAUAUUUGUAUUUGGUCAAAUUUUAUAUACAAGGUAGUGAAAAUUAUUAAUUAAUAAAAAUUGCACAGAUCAAGCCUAACUAAAUGCAAUGUAAAUCAAUUGUGUGAGGAUCGAGAGGAAAGCAAAUAAGCAAAAAUAUG